UGGAGAGAGGAGGGGCGCCCGCUUUAUAACCUUUUUUUAUGUUGCACGCAUCCAGGGACCAUGGCAGUGGCAGUAGUAGUAGAGAGAGAAAGGGGAGAAGGCAGCAGCGAGGAGCGGAGGCCAAGGCACCACCACCACCACCACCACCCGACGAAACAAGCAAGCACGAGGCAGAGCGCGCAGAGCAGGGCUGCCGCUGAGAGGGAGGGAGGAGAGAGAAGAGGGAGAGCCAGCGCUAGUCGCUAGCGCAGCUGCAGCAGGCAAGAUCGCUCCUGCCCUGUUCCACGCCCACGCCCACAAGCAAGCGCCUAGCGCCGCGCCACCACCACCGCCCGAGAAGGAACCGCCCCAGAUCUCGCCGGCAGGGGGCGCCCGCGCGGCGCUAGCAUGCGCGCGUAGGUGAAGAUAGAUGAGGGCGGCGCCCUUCAGUGCCGAGGGGAACGGGGCGGGGACCAUAGAGGCGCUGCUUUGGCCGGAGGGGAAGGGCGGCGGCGGCGGCGGAGGAAGCCUGCUGCUGGUGGAGCCGACGUCGGUGCUGGACUGCGGGCGGAGCCCGAGCCCGCCCUACUCGACAUCGACGCUGUCUUCGUCCCUGGGCGGCGCCGCGGGGGACUCCUCUUCCGGCGUGGCGGCGGUUUCGGAGAACAGCGCCGCCGCCACCGAAGCCCCCAAAUGGGCGGCGCCCGGCGAGCACGGCGGCGGCGGCGGCGGCGGCGGCGGGAGGAAGGAGGAGUGGGCCGGCGGUGAGCUGCCGCCCAUACCGGGGACCCUGGACGUGGGCUUCGGCGGCGAGGAGGGCUGGGACGCCAUGCUCGGCGACGCCGCGGCGGCGGCCGGCCAGGAGCAGACGUUCCUCAACUGGAUCAUGGCCGCGCCGGGCGAAAUGGAGCCGCCGCUCCAGCACCACCACCAGCUCCUCGGCAAUGCCGCCGGCUUCGGGUUCCCGGCCUCGGACCCGCUCGGCUUCUCCCUGCAGCAUCACCCCGGCGGCGGUGGCGGUGGCGGGGGCGGGGGCGGGGGCGGCGCCCUGUCGUCCCCCGGCGCGAGGUCGCUCACCAGCAGCAGCAAGGUCACCUCCACUUUCGGCCUCCUCCCCAUCGAGGCGCCGCUUCAGACGCCGGCGACGACAACCAUGCCUUUCCACGACGGCGGUGCCGACAUAAAGCCCCCGCUCCUCGGCGUCCCGUCGGGGUCGGCCAGUCUACUCCUCAACCAGCACCAGCCGUCGCCGGCGGCCUCCUUCAUGCCGCUCCCCUCCUUUCCCGACCAUCAGCACCAGCCACAUCUCCCGCCGCCGCCGAAGCGCCACCACUCCAUGCCCGACAACCUCUUCCUCCUCCAAAACCAGCUCCAGCCGCCACCGCAGCAGGGUCUCCCGUUCCCACCACUGCAUACUACGGCGCCAUUCCAGCUCCAGCCAUCGCUGCAACCGCCUCGGGGCGCGAUGAAAACAACUGCGGCGGCGCAGCAGCAACAACAGCUUCUGGACGAGCUUGCCGCGGCGGCAAAGGCGGCUGAGGUCGGCAACUCCAUCGGCGCGCGAGAGAUAUUGGCGCGGCUCAAUCAGCAGCUUCCCCCAAUUGGGAAGCCUUUCCUCCGCUCGGCCUCCUACUUCAAGGAGGCCCUCCUCCUCGCGCUAACCGACGGCCACCACGGCUCCACCCGCCUCACCUCCCCGCUCGACGUCGCCCUCAAGCUCGCCGCUUACAAGUCCUUCUCCGACCUCUCGCCCGUUCUCCAGUUCGCCAAUUUCACGGCCACCCAGGCGCUUCUCGACGAGAUCGCUUGUACAACUGCUUCGUGUAUCCGUGUCAUUGAUUUCGACCUCGGCGUUGGGGGCCAGUGGGCUUCCUUCUUGCAGGAGCUUGCACACCGCCGUGGAACUGGGAAUGUCACCCUACCAAUGUUGAAGCUCACAGCCUUCGUCUCAACUGCCUCCCACCACCCGCUUGAGCUGCAUCUUACUCGGGAUAACCUCUCACAAUUUGCUGCAGACCUUGGCAUUCCAUUUGAGUUCAAUGCCAUCAAUCUCGAUGCAUUUGAUCCCGCGGAACUCAUCGCUCCUACUGCCGAUGAGUUGGUUGCAGUUUGCCUCCCCGUCGGUUGCUCUGCGCGCACUCCACCGCUCCCUAUGUUGCUUCAGUUGGUGAAACAGCUUUCUCCUAAGGUAGUGGUGGCUAUUGAUCAUGGCAGUGACCGGGGCGACCUCUCAUUUUCGCAGCACUUCAUGAACUGCUUGCAGUCUUGUAUGUUCCUUCUCGACUCGCUUGAUGCUGCUGGCACUGAUGCUGAUGCUGCCAGUAAGAUUGAGAGGUUUCUGAUCCAGCCAAGAGUGGAGGAUGCAGUACUUGGGCGGCGAAGAGCUGAAAAGCCAAUGGCUUGGCGGGCGGUGUUUACUUCUGCCGGGUUUGUUCCAAUCCCUCUCAGCAACCUUGCGGAAGCACAAGCUGACUGCCUCUUGAAGCGGGUUCAGGUCCGGGGAUUCCAUGUGGAGAAGUGUGGAAUGGGUCUAGCACUCUACUGGCAGCGCGGUGAGCUCGUGUCUGUCUCGGCAUGGAGGUGCUGAUCUUGCCUCGUCCAUUGUCAUUCCUAAAUCAUUUGCAGGCAUGUUUAACUCCAGUAAUAUGCAUUUUGUCUUGCAACCAAAACAUUGCAAAGAAACUAUUGUCUUGGUUGUUGCACACCUCUGAUUGCUUUACAGCUGUUGUUUAUUAGCUAGGCCUAAUGAAUUUAGCAAUCUUGGUGUGGGUCUAUAAUGUAACAAGUUGGUCUAGGGUCUCACCAGGCUGUUCUCUCUCUCUUCUCAGAUAGCCAGAGGACAGUUUGGCAUAUUUGUGGCAAUGAUGUUUGUGGUUUUACUAGGUAAAUGGAUCAAGACUGACAUAUGAACGGAAAGGGUUGGAUAUAUCAUAUUGUUUUGGCCUAA